CGUCCAGGCGGGCAGCAGGGAAGAGGAGCCGCGGGGAAGAUCCGCGAGCGGACGAGCCGGGCAGCGCGCUGGGAGCUGCUGAGACCAUCGCAGUAAGGAACAGGCGCUCGGGCCAUGCGCAGGAGGCAACGGCGGCACCAUGGAGAAUAAAUGGUUCAUGGACAUGAUUUAUGAUGAAUUUAGAGAAGGCAAGAUCAACAUAGAUAAGACCUUAAAGCUGCUGAAUAAGUUUGAAGUCUCUUAUGAUUAUGUUCAUGUGAAAAAAGUUUUUAAGAUGCCUUUCCUGAAGCAAAAUGGAGGGGGGGCAAUGCGUGUGAGCAGUGGUGAGCAACCGCAGAAGAAGUGGGUCAGCGAGGCGAGGCAGCUGUUGGGGCGUGGGAAGCCUGGCUGCAACUGUCCUAAGAAAAAUGACAAACAGAAGUCUGGACUUAUUACCAUGGAAGAUUUCAGAGCGAUCUACCGAAUGCUUCUGCACAGACCUGAACUGAUCGAACUCUUCAACAGCUACUCGUCAAACAAAAAAGCUCUAUCAUCAGGAAAUCUAGCUGAAUUUCUCAGAAAGGAGCAAUUUGAGCUUAAUGCUAAUGAAGGAAGAGCUGUUUCGCUCAUUAAUCGAUAUGAACCCAUUCAUGAAGCGAGAAGCCAGAAGGAGAUGACCAUCGAAGGCUUUAUACGAUACAUGCUGUCAGAAGAGUGUAGUUUAUUCAAAAUGGAGAACAAAACGGUUUACCAAGAUAUGAAUUUCCCGCUGUGCGAUUACUUCAUAUCGUCUUCACACAACACUUACCUUAUCCAGGACCAGCUAAUAGGGCCAAGUCAUCUCUGGGGCUAUGCCAAUUCCCUUAGAAAGGGAUGCCGCUGCGUGGAGAUUGACUGCUGGGAUGGGCCAAAUAACGAGCCAGUGGUUUAUCAUGGACAUACCCUGACGAGCAAAAUUACCUUCCAGAAUGUCAUCAAUGUUAUACACAAACAUGCGUUUGAGGCUUCUGAUUACCCCAUCAUUUUGUCACUGGAGAAUCACUGCAGCCCUCCACAGCAGGAAAGGAUGGCAGCUCAUCUCCUUGACAUCCUGCGUGAUACUUUGUGUACUACAACCAUUGACAAUGCUGUGCCAACAGAAUUACCCUCCCCAGAGCAAUUGAAAUUAAAGAUCCUGAUUAAGAAUAAGAAAGCUGGAUCACUCCAAGACACCCUUCAACGGAGGGGUCAGAAAUACCAGGGUCUUACAGAAGAAACUGAGGAUACUAUGGAGUCAGAGGAUGAAGAUGACGAAAGUACUGGGCGUAUGCUAAAGAAAGCGCUCAUUCGGAGGCCAACUAAAGACAAGGGCAAGGGCCAUAAAGUCAAAGUUGCUUUGCUCCUCUCUGAACUUGUGAUUUAUACUGCUUCUCGGAAGUUUGUCAGUUUUGAGGAUUCCAGGGAGAAGCAGAAAUGCUACCAAAAUAAUUCCAUCGGAGAGACGAAAGGUCAGAAGCUCAUCAGCAAAAGAGCUCCUGAUUUUGUCUCACACACAGUCCGCUUCCUUACAAGAAUCUACCCCAAGGGAACCAGAACAGACUCUUCAAAUUAUGAUCCUCAAGAAUUCUGGAAUGUUGGAAGCCAGCUAGUGGCCUUAAACUUCCAAACACCGGGUGUGCAGAUGGACUUACUUAUUGGAAAAUUUUUGGACAAUGGAGGCUCUGGUUACAUUUUGAAACCAGAAUUCUUGAGAAGAAGAGACUCUGCAUUUGACCCAUUUAACGUUGCUGAUAGGUAUAAUCCCAUUACACUCACAAUAAAGAUUAUUAGUGGCUAUCAGCUACCUCCAAGUAAUCUCUCCAAAAGUAACAAGGCUGAUCCUUUAGUCAAAAUAGAAAUUCAUGGUGUUCCAGCAGAUAUGACAAAACGGCAGACUUCCGUCAUAAAGAAUAAUGCUUUGAAUCCUAGAUGGAAUGAGACAUUCACCUUUACUGUCCAAGUUCCAGAUCUUGCCUUAAUACGCUUUGUAGUAGAAGAUCAGAUGGCAGUUAUUGCCAAUGACUUCCUUGGCCAAUUUACUUUACCACUUUUGAGCAUGAAUAAAGGUUAUCGCCACGUUCCAUUGGUCUCCAAACUUGGAGUUACCCUCAAGCCUGCCUCCCUGUUUGUCUACAUAUGGUACUUUCAACAGUAAUGUCAUCACCCGCCCUUCCAUCUGUGCGUUUUAAUAAAGCAACCAUGG